AUGUCCAGGGACACUGAAAUCCAACUGAAAGCAGCAAUAGAGGCCUCAGGAGAGUCUACGCAAUAUGAAGCAAAUAAAAAGGCUCAAGAACAGAUUUAUCAGUUGUUUAAUGUCUCACUUAAUAUUGCUGUAACUGGAGAAACAGGAACAGGAAAGUCAUCAUUUGUCAAUGCCAUCGGAGGGCUGGAUGAUGAGGAUGAAGGAGCAGCUGAAACCGGAGUCACUGAAACCACAACUGAGCCAACAUGUUACAAUCAUCCCACACAGCCCAAUGUGAAAAUUUGGGAUUUACCUGGAAUUGGAACCCCAAAAUUUGAGGCCAAGAAAUAUUUGCAAAAAGUGGAAUUUGACAAGUAUGAUUUCUUCAUCAUCAUCUCAUCAGAAAGAUUCAAAGAGAAUGACAUCAUGUUGGCCAAAAGGAUAGAACAACAGAAAAAGCUCUUUUACUUUGUUAGAUCUAAGAUAGACAAUGAUCUCCGAGCAGAAGAAACAAAAAAGAGCUUCAACAAAGAAGAAACACUUAAACGAAUCAGAAAUUACUGCAUUGAAAAUCUGAAGCAAACAAUUAAAAAUCCAAAGGUCUUCCUCAUUUCCUCCAAGGAUAUUAAAGCUUUUGAUUUUGAAAAGCUUGUUGAAACUCUGGAGUCAGAUCUCCCAGAGAUAAAAAUCUCUGCUUUGCCAGUCAGUGCCAGUCUCCUCCAAGCUAUGUUAAAUAAAAAAGUGCAAAUGUUUGAGAAAGCAGCAUGGGCCGCAGCCUUCUGCUCUGGAGCCAUUGCAGUAGUUCCAGUUCCUGGUCUAUCAGUCACAUGUGAUGCUGGCAUUUUAGUCAGUUUCUUCACAAAUUGCUACCACUCAUUUGGCCUUGAUGAUAAAUCAAUUAAAAGACUCUCAGAACGAGUAAACAAGCCACAUCUGACAUCUUUAAAAAAAUCAGCCUUUAUAACAGCACUGGCAAACAAAUCAGCACUGAGGCUACAGCUGUCUGCGUUAGCUGGACCAGGACUGAUGGAGUAUCUGUGCAGCAUGGUGCCUGGUGUAGGAAGUGCUGUUGCAGCACUGAUGUCUUUUAAAUAUACAUAUAAGCUUCUAAAGAAUGGACUGAAAGAUCUUGAAAAUGCUGCGCUCACAGUGCUGACAGAAGCAGGGUUAGAGUGAGAAUCAACAAGACAAGCAAGCAUGUGAUCUUCAAAGAAGCUUAGCUUAGGAAGCUAUUUUCCUGAAAAAUGUUACUUCCCUUAUUAAAUUUCCCUUAAAGGAACAGCAUAGAACCUAAUUAAUGAUUUAGAGGCUGUGUUUGGACUUCAUGUUAUGAUUUCAAAAAAUGUUGUCCUGGAAUGCCAGUACUGCGGCAUCAACAACUGCCCUAGUAGAUUAAACAAUUAUUCAGUACGAAAACUGGAUAAUGGACAAAUUCUUUUUACCCUAAACCUUUGUGUUUUUUUUAGAUUACAUCAAAUGCUUUUUUAUUAAUAUUGUGUUGCUUGGGAUUGUAAAUUAAUUGUUUAUGGUAGAUCUUUUCUUUUUUACCUUCUCCCUUCUCAAUCAUGAUUGAACGAUUAAAAAAAACAUUGAUCAAAGCUAAACAAAAGGUGGCAGCAUCACAAUGAAUACACUCAUGCGGACACAAGUCAGGAGCUUCAGUUAAUGUGCAUCAGAAAUAAAGAAAAAGUCUGAUUUCUAAAUUUGAUCAUAGCUUGGUUGAUGCCACCAGAAAACCUUUAAGUAUUCCAGAAACUACUGAGCUCCUGACACACAGAUGCA